AUGUUAGUGGAAAGUGGUGUGAUGAACAUCCACAGCAACGAAGCUGCACAGAAUCGGGCCACUCAGAGCCGAGCUUUCGUGUGGAAUCACAAAUUUGGUGUCCUGGUAAGUGGAUGGUCAAUAGCGUUGGUGGUCUGCUGGGGCGCCAGCGUAAAUGCCCAUGUCGGCGUCGGCACCGAUCAUAAGGUGUUGCUUGCUGUGCCAUCGCGGAUGCACAGAAGACGACUGAAGCAGGUCCGCAACAGGGAGCCAUGAUCAGAUGGGCCUUGGAGCAUUCUGCAUAGCUUGUGCGUAGAAGAAGUAAUUAGAGGCGCCUCUGAAGAGGCUGAAGAUUUCUCUGGCCGAUCAACCUCAUCAGUCCGUCUGCGCGGUAAGCAACGUCGAACGUACCAAUCGGAGAGUCGAUCAAGCAGGGCUUAUUUGAAGCCCAUUCCACGACAGUCGGUGGUGCAUCUGGCCCAAGCCUCUGUGCCGCGGCGCCGAGCCGAAUCAGUUGCUAUGGGAGUGUUGGCUCAAAGUCAUUUGAGUGCCCUUGGUUCUCAACUUUUUACCUCCGCGGCAGGCGGUAUUGAAAAUAUUGGAGGCAGAGGCAUGGUCUCGACGCUAGAACUUGCCGAGGGGGCUCCAGUUAUCGUGGAACUACCCCAUGAGAGCAUAACCGUGGAAGACUAUGCCAGACCACUGUACAGGAAGGACAUUUUCUUCCCGGGGAGCGUAAAACGCCAAAUUGAUGCGUCUGCAGCUUCCAUCGCCACAGCAGCCGCCAAUGUCCUCGACCCCUCUAACGAACAAGUAGGCAACAGCCAGGCCUCCAUGGCAAUACAAGACGAGCUCCGUCGUCGGAAAGUCUGUGUGUCUGGUACUUCCCAGUUUGGCAGUAGCAUUCUCUUUGGAGAUAACGUUCCCCUGCCACCCAUUAAUGAGUCGUCUGUGCCUGAAGAAGGCGUUCCUGGAGACGCGAAUUGGACUGGCUCCUGCCUCAUGUCUCUCACCAAAAUCCCCCUUCCUGACGUCUUCGAAAAUAAGGAGGCCACUUCAGGCACGGACAGUGAGGCCUAUCUGUGGGAUCGUCUCAGAGCAGAAACCGGACUCAAUUUGUCAGAUACACCGGCGGACGGAAUUUACCGGGUUCCGCGAUCCCAUUCACUGUGUGGCUGGUGGCUCUGUUGGAAGACACAGCGGACCCACAGUCUGGAUCGCGGUGACAUGGAUUCGGUAGAGCGCUUGAAGCGGGCCCUCAUGGAGGACGGUGAUCGAGCAGCUGACAAAAAGUUCUCACGGCGUGCGCAUCUGGUGCUCAGGAGGAAGUGCGAUUUCUUGCCCAAGUCCAUGUGCGAUGUGCUCGUGACGAUGAUGAAUUUGUCUCUUCUCAAAUCAAAAAGCUUUUUGCUUUUCUGUCUUGCGAGUCUGAUUGCAAUGACGGGUGCUUACGUUCCCUUAUUCUUUGUGUGCGAUCUCGCGGAUUCAUUCAACAUUCCAAAAAGCCAAUCGGCCUAUUUACUGACCGUCUAUGUAACGAGACAGGCGGACCUCAUUGCCGACUCUUCUGGUUGCAUUGAGUCAUAUGACCAGCCACUGCGUAACGCUGUUUUGAGUAGUCACGAUCAAAUAGACUAA